AUGAUAAUUAAUAGGGUUUUAUUAAUUGUUUUAAUAUGUAUAUAUUUAAUAGAAGUUAUAAAUUCAAAAGAUAAUAAUGGUUAUAAUAAUAUUUAUAUAGAUUCACAAAAUAAAAAUGGGAAUGGUACAAUUGAAAAUCCAUAUCAAGAUUUAUGUUUUGUUUUUGAUUUAAUCAGUCCUACCACUAUUCACAUUGCAUAUGGAGAUUACACAGCAUCGCAAUGUUUUUUUAAAAUAUCAAAUAAAAAUAUUACAAUAAAACCAUAUAAUAGUAAUAACAAUAAUGGUUUUAAUAAAGUUUAUAUAAAUUAUAUUUAUUUCACAAUUGAAGAUUCCAUAGUUACAAUAGAUAAUAUAAAUUUAAAUUUUAAUAAUGAUCAACAACUCAAUUCAAGCCAAUCUACUGUAUAUCUUAAUAAUUUAGAAAUAAAAUCAAAAAAUGAUUAUAGACAACUUAAUUCAGAAUAUCCAUCAAUAAUAUAUAACUAUCAAAGCACAUUGGUAAUUAAUAAUGCAACAAUAAUGGCUCUAGAUAAUUCAGCGAUUCAGCUAUUAAAUUCACAAGAUUCAUCCAUUUUAUUUAAUAAUAUAAUAAUCUCUGGUUUUAAAAAUAGUCAACCUAUAGUAUCAAUAGAAACAAAUAGUGAUAAAAAUAUAAAUAGUUUUACCAGUCUUACAUUCAGAUAUUGUGAACUUUCCACAUUUUUCAACUUUGUAAACUAUUACAAUAAAUCAGAAUUAAUAAUCGAUACAGUUUAUUUAAUACAAAAUAAUAAUUUUAAUUUUUUAAAUAUAAUAAGUAAUAAUAAAUAUAAUUAUAUCACAAUUUCAAAUAUAAAUACACCCAAUCCAAUAAUUAACACAAAGUGUAGUUUAAAUAGAUUUUUAAAAAUAUCCAACACUACCUAUAAUCCACCACCCACAAUACCUUAUAAUGAAAUCACCGUAAAUAAUUCAACAUUUAAUUGUAUGGGAUCAAGUUUUUUUAAAGAUUCGAAAAUUCAAUACAAGCAAGUCUCUAUUACCACUGCCUUUGCAAAUAGUGAUUUCAUGUCAAUUAUAGACUCAACUAUAGAGCUUAUUGGGUGCAAGUUUGUAACCAACAAUUAUGAUACUUCAAAUUACCUAUUUUCAGCAUUUUCCAAUUAUAAUAUCUCUUUUGAUCAAUGUAUAUUCGAAGGUUCAUCAACAUCUUUUAUUAAAUCUAAAAAAGGUAAUGAUUAUCUUAGUUCCGGAGAGAUCUCUAUUCAAAAUUCAAAAUUCAAUGAUAUAAAUUCAAACUUUUACCCAUUUUUAGAUAUUCAAGAUUGUAUAUUCACCAUUUCCAAUAGUGAUUUCCAAACGUUUAACAGUUCCCAAGCUCCGUUUUUAACUAUUUCAAACUCAGAAGUUUACCUCACUCAAGCAUCCUUCAAAGAUUUUUUAAUUGGUAAUUAUUUUUUGUAUUCAUAUUCAUCAUACAUCACAAUUAAUCAGUUUGAAAUGAUUGGUUGUAUCUUUGGCAUUAGAAAGUUUUCUGAGUUAGAAACAGUAGUUUUUAAUUUACACUAUGGGCAUUUAUCACUACAAAACUCUAAAUUUAUAAAUAACCAUGGCUCAGAUGAGCAAUACCAUUUAUUUUCCUUAAGUAUUAUAAUGUAUGCACACAUCGAAAAUAUAGAGUUUGUUGGUAAUAUUUUUACACCAUUCUUUAGAGCCAGACAAGUGCUUAUUUUUAGAAUAAUAAAUGUAAAUCAGUUUCAAGAUAACAGUGGUGCUUUUAUUGAUUUUAUUGGUAAUGAAUUUUCAAUUUCCAAAUUCACACUUUCAAAAUCCAGUGCCGAUUUCACUUCUUUAUUUUAUAUAAUUGCACAGAGAAGUGUUUGGAUUGAACAAAUAGAAAUAAUGGAUUGUAUUUUACUCCCCAAAUUAAUCUAUAUUAGUGGUCCCCUAGGAGUUCAGGUGCAUUUAGCAAAUUUUACAUUUACAAAUAAUAUUGUUAAUUCGAAUUUAAUUGCCAAAAAAGGAAUUUUUUCCUCCUCCAAUACAAACUCCACAAAUGCAUUUUUGGCAGGAGAUAAUUUAUCACUUUAUUUUUUGGGUAUCAAUGUUAUUAAUAACAAAUUUUCAUCAACAGGUUUAUUUUAUUUAAAAAACUCAAAUUUUACUUUUGAAAAUAGUUUGUUCAAUGAUAAUGUAUUUCAAAAUAACAUGGAUGAUUCGAUAAUGGAUACUUUAUUUACCCGUUGUGACUAUGAUUCAAUGUUGGGACAAGGGUCCACCAGUUUUUUCAAUUUAAUCAUCAAAAACAAUUCUUUUUCAAAUCAGAUUCAAGAUUCAAAUAGUUUAAUAUCAUUAAAUAAUGUUAAUAGUAUUGAUAUUAGUGUUUGUAAUUGGUCAAACAAUUAUUUUCCAAGUAGCAACGGUGGGGUAAUGCGCAUUAAUGAAACUAAAUAUCUUAAUAUUAUGAUGUCAACUUUUUCGGAUAACUUUGCAAACUAUGGUGGCGUUUUCUCUUUUACUUUUUCAAAUUAUAUCUUAAGUAACAUUUUAAAUAAUUCAUUUAUCGGAAACUAUGCAACUAAAAAUGGGGGUGCAUUUUAUUUAGAGGAUUUUCCAUUAGGUGAGCCAAUUUUAAAAAAAAAUAUAUUUAUAAAUAACACAUGUUUAUAUAGUUAUCAAAGCGAUGUUGGUAGUGGUGUUUCAAUUAUAUCACCCAAUAGUUUUAGUUUUAAUAGCGUCAGUUUAUCAAAUGUUCAGUUUUCACUUUGGGAUAAAUCCAAUAAUGUGGCAGUUUUGAUAAAUGGUAUAUACACGGUAAUAAUUCUUAAACCAGAUGAAACUAUUGAUACAGUACCUUGUACGAUUAUCAAUGGAGAAGUUUCUUUUUUCUAUAUAUUCAGAGGCUAUCAAAUCACCUAUCAAGUUUCUUUAAAAGAUUUCCCACGUUUGAAUACAGUUUAUGUAAAGUCUACAGGUUGUUUAGAGUAUCAAAUGAACACAGCAUACACAGGUAGUGAUUUAAACUGUAGCUAUUGUCCAUUUGGUUCAGUUGUUAUACAAUCAUUCACAGAUGCAGAUAACCAAUGUCAAGAUUGUAAUCCAAAUGAAAUAGUGUGUAUUGGGCCAAAUGUUUAUACUUUAGAUAACUAUUAUUUAGUAAAAUCUCCAGAAAAUAAAGUUUAUUCUUGUGCUUUGGAUAUGUGCUUUAAAAAUAAUACUUGUCAACCAAAUGGUCUUUAUACUGGUGACAUGUGCUAUUACUGUUCGGAUAAUUCUAUUGCAAGAAAUGGUAUCCAAUGCUGCUCCACUUUUUUGCCAAUACUUUUGCUCCCACUAGUAUUCAUCUUUAUCUUUUUUGCGUUGUUCUUGUCACUAUUAAAAUAUUCAUCUAGCUCCAUUAUAAAAUCAGUUAUAGUUUUCAUUCAAACCAACUCAGUUGUAUUCUAUUCAUUUGGUGGAAUUUAUUUUUUACCAUUGUUUAGAUUGUCUAUUGAUUAUUUGGAUGGAUAUUGCUAUUUUAAGAAUCUCAACUAUAUAAUUAAAUUAUUAAUUUCAAAUACAAUAAUAAUUAUUCUAUUUAUAGUUAGUGCAAGUAGUUCAUCAGUUUACUUUAUAAAACUUUAUUAUAAAAUAUACUCUUCACGUCCCUCUUCUCCCACCUCCUCGCAUCCAUCAACAAAAGCUAGAUCAUAUAAAAAAAUAAAACAUUAUUUUAAAAUAAUAGCCAAGAAAAGUAAAGGUGCCGAUCAAAUUAAAUCAAAAUGGACUUUAUUUCAAAUAUUUACAAUUCCUAUCCUAUUCAAUUCGAUAUCAGUUUUUAUUUACAAAAAAAUAUCCAGCGACUAUAAAUUGGCAUUAGACCUUUCAAUCAAAGUAGACUUUAAUAGUACAUCCAAGGCCUUUAAAUUAGCUCUGUUUACCUCUGUAGUUAUGUUAUUAUUUGUUUUUAUUGUAAUAAUAGUUUUCUCAAUAAAACUUAUUCAAUUAAAAUUUAUAAAUAAUAAAGAAAGAACCAAAAAAGAAAAGAGAAUAAAUAGUAGUAGCAAGGUCAAAAACAUAUGGUUAAAAUUAAAAUUAAAUAUUUACAUAAUAAUAUCAAAUCAUAAAAAUCAAUACUUAUGGUGGGAUUUAAUAACAUUUUUAAAAUCUUUAAUUUUAAUAUUAUUAUCACUAUUAAUGCUAUUCAAGACUAAGUAUUAUAUGAAUAUAGUUUUAUGGAUCCAAAUCGUUUAUUCUAUAGGUUUCUUUUUAAUAAAUCCAGUAAAAACUCAAUCAUCAGCACAAGAGGAGUUUAAAAUUAUUAAUUUUAUCAACUUAUAUCAAAUUUUCAUUUUCAUUAUUGCAGAAUCACAAUUAUUUAAAAACAUUUAUCCAUACAACUACAAGGGUAUCAUUAUAACGGUUUUAACUUUUACAUUAAUUUUAAUUUUAUCUUUUUAUAAAUUUUUUUUUAAUAAACAUAGAAUUUCAAUUUAA